CGUAUGUCCUGUCAUUUGCCUGGUGAGAAUACAGUGUAUUCAAAUGUUGAUUCUAACGUGGAGGAAGUGGUUGAGUCUAGCAGUUCCCAAACCUCAAUGUUGUUAGCAUGGAUGGAUCUCAAUCUUCAGUCAAUGGAUGCACUGAAAUAUACCUUUGCGGAGAUGCCACAAUAUUAUGUAUGGAAUAAAAAAUACAAGAAGUGGCAGCAGCGCAAAAAAGGUACCUGCAUUGCUAGAUUAUAUUACUACUACCCAUCCGCAAAGGAGCGAUACUAUUUACGAAUGCUAUAGCAUGUUGUUAGGGGUUUUUGUUCUUAUGAUGAUAUUAGAACAGUGAAUGGGGUGGUAUAUGAAACAUUCCAAAAAGCAUGUUAUGCUCGGGGACUGUUAUCAGGAGAUUCUGAAUGGAAUGAUUGUGUCCAAGAAGCUUCGCACUGGGCUUCUGGUUAUAAACUUAGAAAACUUUUUGUCACAAUUCUUAUUCAUUGUCAGGUGGCUGAUGUGACUUCUUUUUGGUUAAAGAAUUGGGAAUUACUAAGUGAAGGCAUUUUACAUUCACGACGUAGAGAUCUGAAUUUACCCCAGUUGAAUUUGUCGGAGGAUGAAAUUAAGGAGUUGUGCCUUAUUCAUAUUGACAAAUUGAUGGAGAGAUUUUCGAAGUCAUUAGCAGAUUUCCCUGGGUUGCCUGUUCCCGAUCAGUGUUUGCGUUCACAUAAGGUAAACAGGCUGAUAGAUAUGGAGAUGAAUUAUGGACCCGAUGACUUAGACUGUUCUGAGGAUCGACAUAGUAGACCGUUGAAUGGAGAACAACAAAUCGCUUACGAUAUGGUAUUACAUUCUGUUUAUACCAAUGAGGGUAAUUGCUUUUUUGUGGAUGGAUUUGGGGGUACUGGUAAGACAUUUCUGUGGCGAGCAAUUUGUGAGCAAUUAAGAUUUGAGAAGAGGAUAGUAUUAUGUGUUGCUUCAUCUGGUAUUGCUGCACUGUUCAUGGUCGGUGGAAGAACUGCACACUCAAGAUUUCACAUUCCCCUGGAUUGUGAUACAAAAUCAACUUGCAAUAUUGAGCAAGGUUCUGAGGUAGCUGAAUUGAUUCUCAAUGCUUCACUUAUUAUCUGGGAUGAGGCACCGAUGGCUCAUAAACACAACAUAGAGGCCCUAGAUAGGACAUUGAGGGAUAUUUUCCGAGUUAAGCAUGUUGAUUCUGAGUUGAAGCCUUUUGGAGGUAUGACUAUUGUGUUUGGAGGUGAUUGCCGACAGACGUUACCUAUCAUCACGAAGGGUACACAGACUGAAAUUGUUAAUUCUUCCAUAAAGAGAUCUUAUUUGUGGCGGUCUAUGACAGUAUAGAAGCUAACCGAGAACAUGCGAUUAAAAUUGCCUCAUUCUGAAGCAUCGACCAGGUUAGCAAUCUCAAAUUUUAGCAAAUGGCUUUUGGAAAUUGGUGAUGGUACAAAUAGUAAUAUUUUUGGAGAAUCAAUUAUCCCGAUACCUCUACACAUUUGUGUUCCCCGUCGCAGUGAUCCAAUUCCUGAUAUUGUUGCUGAAAUAUAUGGUCAGUUACUCUCCACUGAAAAUAUGUCAACCUAUUUGGUUGAGCGAGCUAUCUUAGCCCCUCAUAAUGACACUGUUGCGGCCAUUAACAAUUAUGUAUUGGGUCUAUUUCCUGGUGAAGAAGUUUCUUAUUUUAGUUCGGAUUCGCUAGAGAUUGAUGCCAAGAAUCUUCAUGUUGAAGAAGGGGACUACACAGUUGAAUUCUUGAACUCUUUAAAGAUUGGGAAUAUUCCGGAACAUGAGUUGAAAUUGAAGUUGGGGUGCCCUGUUAUUCUACUUCGAAAUCUGGAUCAGAGUACUGGGCUUUGCAAUGGAACUCGGAUGAUCGUUAAGAGAUUAGGUAAGUGGUUUAUUGAGGUCCAAAUUUUGACCGGGACACAUGUUGGUGAUACAGUUUUCUUACCACGCCUAAGUCUAUCGGUCCACUACAAGAGCUUAAAUUUCACUCUGGUUCGAAGGCAAUAUCCAAUUGCACUGUCAUAUGCAAUGACAAUUAACAAGAGUCAAGGUCAAACAUUAAAUCACGUUGGCAUCUGCUUGCAAAGACAAGUAUUUUCUCAUGGACAGUUGUAUGUUGCUAUGUCUCGAGUUACGUCGGAAAGGGGACUCAAGAUUCUUAGCUGUGACUCUCAAGGUAAACCGGUGAAGACUAUGCAGAACAUUGUGUUCACUGAGAUUUUUGAGUAGUGGUUUAUUGAUGUAUUAUGUUUUAUUCGAUUUGAGGACUAAGACUGUCAAAUUUAUCGGGUCGUUACAAUUUGAAUCUUGAGUUCUCAAUUUGUCCAAAUUAUUUUCCUGUUUUUAACAGCCAAUUAUAUGAAAUGUGAUUUAUGCACACUACUUUAUAUUUAAUUGUACCUCAAUUUACUCUACCGAAGGGUAUGCGAGUGUGACCGUUAUAUUGCAAUACGAAGAAGAACUUCCAUAGUCGCAACUGAACUAAACUAAAUUAACACCACAACCCAGCCCACAAAACAACCUAAGCAUGGUUCAGUUAAAUAAAAUAUAGUUAGAGAGGGAAUGCCCAGCCGGAUUUGUUGAAACUAAAUGGCCAACCUAUUCCCAUAAAAAAAAGGCCAACCUACACUACCUUGGGCGGAUCCUUCUCCACUCCCCCACUCCCCCACCUCCUCUACUGCCCAGUAUCCGAUUUUUUGGGAUCUUCUAUGAGGUGAAGGCUGCCGCAUUCCAAGCCAUUAUUUCUUUAUUAAAUACAUUCAUUAUGAUUUUCAUUUCAUGUUAAUUAGUGGUGGUGUGGGCCGGGCCGGCCGGGUUGGCGCAUCAAAUAAUAAUUAGCAACUUUGAGAGGCAAUUUUGGACAAGAAUUGUUGACACAGUCGCAAUUAGCAAUGUUGUUAAAACGGAACCGGACAUCGAUCCGGAUUAGUAAAGGGUUCAAGGUUUAUCAAAUAACCGGUGGUUAAUCGAUAUUAAAAACCGAUCAUAAACCGGUGUUGACUUACUUGGUAGACUUAACAAUUAUUUUCUUUUACAAUUAUUGUUUCACUUAUUAGAGAUAAAAGAAUAAAGUGAGAAUUAUUAAAACUGAAAAAGCAUAAUUUGGGCGGCUGCUAGGUCUUUUUUGGGAAAAGUGAACUGAUUUUUCUUCUCUUUAUAUUUUAUUCUGUACUUACCUUCUUUUGUUUUUGAAUUUUUAAUUGCAACAAAAUAAAAGGAAGGCGCAUGUUUGAUUUUAAGAAGGUGGGUCGUUCCCCUCAAAAAAAAAAAAAAAAAAAGGUGGGUCGUGAGUUCUGUGACACACCCGCCUCUUCAACUCUAAAUGGCCAACCUUCUCCACUCCCCCACUAUCCCACUUUCCACACACACACGUACUCCACUGCAUGCGGCCAAGUAAAUCACGUGUGUAGAAUCACUUUCUCUCCUUUAUAUAAUGGAGAUACCACUUUCUCUCAUGUUACAAUUUCUGUUUACUACUUCCCAUACAAAACACUUCGGUUCCAUUGACCGUACGAAUUGCAUUCAAUAUGGCGGGCCUGCCUCAAUUCAAUCAGUAAGUACUGCUCAUGCAUCCAACAAAUACUACAUCAUGUAAUUUCGAUUCUUUUUCACUACUUAAUGCCAAAACUUACAGUCCAAUAUAGCUUCCCCAUGGUUUUAUUGCUAAUCUGCAAUAUGAUGAUACUCUUGAAAUUUGUGAGCGUGCCGACACCAUCGAUCUCAUUAUGUUGCAAGUGGAUGUCGAAAAUCAGGUAACUAAACAAAUAAAUUUCUUUUUAAUCGUACGCCUUUUGUGGCAUGCUGCAUUUUAUCGAUUUGCUUUGACAAUAUUCGUUUCUGUGUUUACAUCAGGGCACCUCUUUUUUGUUAUUCGGACGUGUAACGAAUUUGACGACGUCCUGGUCCCCUGCAUCCAGAAUCCAUUUCGUCCACCUCACAAUUGAGGACGAAUUCAUUGGUGUUGACAUCGUCUUCCCGUCAUCACAGUUACGAACGAUUGUUGAAUCUGUAUUCAGUCAUGCAGAUGUUGUCAAUGCUGACUAUAUGGCCCUUCUGAACAUGCUUGGAGAACAGACAUUUGAAGUCAUGGUCACAGUCGGUCCCUGGAACGAUGCAUUUGGUUAUUGUGAACUUGUGUUGGUGAAAUUAUUUUUGCCUUUGUUGAAUUGAGUACCAUGUCAUGAACAAUGAGACAAUGUAUUGAGUUUUCUUAUUUUGGACUUGCAUGUUAUUUGUCGUAAUACUCAACUAGAUUAGAUUUGUGAUUAGUAAAAUUUCAUGUAAGUAUUUUUAUUGUGAUUAGCUAAUCUUCAAAUGUAUUUCUAACUUAUUAUGAAUGUUCAUUCAUAUUACAUGUUCGUCUUCAACGAAUUGCAAAAUUGCAACAAUCUUAUGAUAAUAUAAAACAAGACUCAUUUCUCGACACUAUCAUUAUAGAUAUUGUAACUCCAUUUUCUUAAACAAAUGCGGUCAACGGGCCGGGCUAUAGGCUAGUACAUCUUAAAAAAAAAAAUUCUUCUUAACAAUUUUACUUCCGAUUGGAAAGGCUCGUGGAGUAAAGAAAGGAACUUGCCUGUCUAUCAAAACGCAGGAGAAAAAGGACGGAAAACGACGGGAAUGGGGAUGGAGACGUCAAAAAAAAUAAAAUAAAAAAUGUGGCGUCUCUGAUGUGUUCUUCUUGCGGGGAUUGGCGGGAGAGCUAUGGAGGAGAGAGAGAGAGAGAGAGAGGAAUGGAAGUUGCGCCAGGAAACGUGCGACCAAGUCAAAGUCUUCCCUCUCCAUCUCUCUCUCUUCCACUCGCCAGGCGCCAACAUUCUCUUCUCCUCCAUUGUUAAUUAAUCCUCGAUUUCAUAAUACUUAAUUCCUUUGUUAAUCAAAUUACAAUGAUAAUGUCACCGCGAGGGAAGAAAUAAAUCAAAACAAAGAGACAAUUAGAUGACAAUCAUGGUGUUUGUGUCAUAUUCUAACAAAGAUACUCAUUGUUGUUUUUCCCCUUCUUCCCAGAGGUUGUUGAAUAGUGAAGGUUCUUCUAAUUUGUGAUGGUCCUUUGAGUAUAGGACAAUAUUUGAAAAUGGAACUCCUCACUCUUAGUUUUCAUUCAUUUCUAGUUAAAUUGAAAUUAGUAAAUUGUAUAAAAUUCAUAACUGCGCCUCUUUCAAUAAUUCUGGUUAUAGUGAUUAAUUGGUUUUUUUUAAAUAGAAUCGCAAACAUUUUUGUUUAUUGAAAUUAAGUUGGACGAUCUACACAGUGUUGCUUAUAAUUAUCUGAUCGCUCCGGUAUAUUCUCUCUCCAAUUAAAUUUGUAGGAGCGUAGGAACAGAUCUCGAUUAUAUUACAUGUAGUUGAUUAUCUUUUCUUUUUCUUCCAGUACCCAUUAUGAGAGUUUUCAUUUGUACGAUACUCAUCCAAUAUGUAGGGGCGGACCCAGGGAGUUUUGGGGGUGUCCCCGGACACCCCUAAAUUUUGAAAAAAUAAUUAUCCAACUUCCGGUGGUAAUUUACGUAUAGAAAAAAAUUAUAAUUAACAGUCCGGGACACCCUAAAAUUUGAAAAAAUCAUUAUACUACUCUCGUUUGUAGUUUGCGCGUGGGAAUAUAAGUGGUAGUUAGGGUAAUUCAAACUCGGGACACUACUACUAUUAAUAAAUAUAAUUUUCAUUAGGCUACAAAUUUUUUUGUAGUUCUAUUCUAAACACUGUGUAAUAGCAAAAUUGUAGGAAACAUAAAUAUUGGGGGUGGUUAGGGGGUUAGGCAGCCGAUUAGUGACAAGUAGAUUAGUAGGGUAUCAUUAGGUUUUUGGGCUUAUUUCCCUAUAAAUAUGUAUUUGAGUCAUUACAUUGGAUUUGGACAGAAAUCAGUAAUCAAACCCUAUUCAGUUUAUCCCUCUUCUUCUCCAAAUCCAUAAUUUCCAAUUCUAUUCUUCCUAUCUCAAUUUCCCAAUUAUUCUUCUCAAAUCCCUAAUUAUUUCUCUCAAUUCCUAAAUCUCUUUCUAAUCUAUCUAGCUACGUUAAUAACAAGUUAACGCAAAAUCAUAGUUCCUUCAAAAACCCUAGUCUCUAUCUUUAGUUAUUUUCAAAACCUAACAAUUAAUCUAAUUACAAGCUACCCUUAAUUUAUGGAUGUACGACAAGUGUUGAAAGUGUCUUUUCAGCUUUGAGUUACAUCAAGAACAAAUUUAGAAGUCGAAUAUGCAUUUGUUCGUGAAUGAUUGUCUACUAGGAUAUACCGAGACAACUUUGUUGAGCAGUGUAGACACCAAGUGUAUUUCACAAUUUUUUCAGGAUAUGAAAAUACUUAUGAACUUUUUUUAACUUGUACGAGUUGGCUAUUUUCUUAUUUAAGAAUUAUUUAAGAAUUAUUAAUUAUUACUUUUAUUAUUAUGUAUUUUUUAAAGAGGACACCCCCUAUAUAAAAUUCCUGGGUCCGCCACUGCCAAUAUGUGCAUACCUAAUACUUACAAGACCCACCAUUAGGAUGACAAGUGAAACGAGACUUGUUGCCCUACAAAAUCACCAUAAACUGUAUACGUACAGGAUCACGAACACGAGUGUUAUCUAAUUACAUCCAACGACCACGGCAAGCAUAAUUCCUGCAAUAUCGUAUAAACCCUAAUCACCAACUCUUUGUUCAACUAGGAAUAUAAGAACCUAUAUAUAUACUCAAUUUUCAAGCAUUACCAACCACAUUUUCGGAACCCUAUUCCACUCAUAUGGUCGAAAAUCUCAUCAAUCACUCUGAUCCGCAGGCUCCAACACACACACUGCAGAGAUCCGUGCAAUCAUACGACAGGAUCAUGAUGUGUUUUGUCCUCUUCUUCCUCCAAUCAACAAGCUUUUAAAGGCAGACAAGACAUUAACGAUGAGGAAUAUAUAACAGACUGAGUGGAGCUAGCUAGGGUUCGAUCGAUCCAAGUCAUGUGUGUGUGCAGAUGAUGAAGAAGGAGUUGCAAAGCUAGUUAUGAUUAUGGGUAUCAAUGCGCUUUUCUACUUGACUGUGUGUUUGUGCAUUUAGGACAAAGCAUAAGGGUGAAUAAGUUCUUCACAUAGUAAUGGGAGAUGAUCUAGCAACGUCGAGAAAAAGGAACUUAUUCUUCAUGCAUGCUAGCUAUGGCUUCUCUCACAUAUUACGUACGUACAUCAACAGCCAGCCACACAAAUUUCUCCCUUUUGAUCUAAUGAAUUUUUGAAUAGAGGAAUCGUGGAGAUUCGAACAUACAAUCACUUGGAUAAACCAACAGCUUUAUUACUAUAUCGAAAAGCUACCGCCUUAUCUUCUUCUUCCUCUAAACUCUAGCUCUUCAGAAAUUUUCUAUAUAGUAUCAGAUAUUGUGCUAACUCAACGGCGGAUCCAGAACAUAGAAGUGCACUGAGCCGCAUUUUAUUAGAAAAUUAGAAUAGUAAAAAAAUAUAAUGAUUAUAAUUUUUUUACAAUGUAAAUUGUACACGACGGUAUUUUAAUUUAGCGAAUGUAUUAAUAAUGGAGUCCACAUCCAUACCAAUAGUAUACACUGUUUCAAAUAAAAUACUUGAGCAAUCGACUAGAAAUCCAUCGCUCAUUUUGUUGCGCAAAUCAAUUUUCACAUGUUUCGUUGUUGAAAAGGUUCUAUUCGUAUUAGCUGUUGAAACGAGCAGCAUCAACACUAGAUAAAUCAAUCUACAAAUCAAUUUGCAUUGUGUUUCCAUCCCUAUAUCCACCAGCUGCUCUAGUAAAUUUUCCAAGGUAACAAACCUCAUAUAUGUUUUAGUCUUUUACGUUUUAAACUUUUUGAAUUUUUAGGUUUCAUUGUUUUUUUAGACGAAUAACCUUUGGGGUUAGAAUUUAUAAGCUAAAUUUAGAGUAGUGAUUUUGAAUAUGUUCAUCUGAAUUAUCUUUCUAAUUAUACCCUAUCUUAUUUUAAAAUAACAACGACCCGAAUAUCUAAAAUCGAAAAAUUCAUAAGGCCUAUACUAACUACGGAUCCAGAGGAGGGCUGGGCCGGGGCCUGGGGUGGCCACCCCUGGAUCCGCCACUGUGCUAACUAUAGAAGUUAGCGCCAUACUAAUCAUGAGUUGUAGUAUACAUAGUACGAAAUUUGUCCUAAAUAUGGAGAGAGAAAAAUGUCUGCAACGGCAAAUAAUAAGGACUACAACUCAUGAUUAACAUGGUUUGGCAACCUAGCUUACCCAUCCAGCUGUCAUCCUAUUCUCUCAUCAUUAUUUAGUGCCACUACUGUGUAAUUGUACUAAGAUUGACAAUUGGCAUGAGAUUAGAGUUUGGUUGAUCAUGAAGAGGGACUCUUGUGUUUGAACCAUUAUGUUCAUAACUAGUUAUUCCACUGAUUAUUAGCAUGAAAUCAGACUCUGGUUGACUAAAAGAUAUUUUUCUUCGAACUCUUGUAUCAAGAAUUAAUGAGUUCAAUAACUUUUGAAAUGGUAUCAUGUCAAUCGAUUGGUGGUUAAGAGUUCUUGUUUUACAAUAUUAGGACCUCCAAAUACUAAUAGUUGAUUUAAACAAAAUUUAUGAUAGAUU